AGUACGUUUGGCUUCGAAGCUUGCACUUGAGUUUGGUUUCAUCGAAACCAUCUGCUCAAGUUAGUUUUUGAAACUACUGAAAGUGCAAGUUCAUUUCUCAGCAAGACGUAGAACUCCAAAAAGAAGCAGAUAUCUGAUUCAAACUGCUUAGAACAGGCUAAGCAAAUUCCACGCACAGAGAUCAGGGAGAUAAGAGUGAAGUCUCCAUGCCUGACUCAGAGCUGGUUCUCUGUUCUCUUCUGUCUAUCCUUGCUCUACUUCUGAUCUUCAUUUUCAUCAGAAGAAAGCGAAGCAGACUCAAUCUCCCACCAGGGAAUAUGGGCUGGCCUUUUCUUGGAGAAACUAUCGGUUAUCUUAAGCCUUACUCUGCUAUUUCAAUUGGAGAAUUCAUGGAGCAACACAUAUCAAGAUAUGGCAAAAUUUACAAGUCUAAUCUGUUUGGAGAGCCAACAAUAGUCUCGGUAGAUGCUGGCCUCAACAGAUUCAUCUUACAGAACGAAGGAAAGUUAUUUGAAUGCAGCUAUCCCAGAAGCAUAGGUGGGAUUCUUGGAAAAUGGUCAAUGUUGGUAUUAGUUGGAGAAAUGCAUAGAGACAUGAGGAGUAUCGCACUCAACUUCUUGAGCCAUGCCAGGCUUAGGACCCAUCUCUUGAGAGAGGUGGAGAAGCAUACCGUGCUUGUACUGAGCACCUGGAAGGAGAAUUCUAUAUUCUCAGCUCAAGAUGAAGCCAAGAAGUUUACCUUUAAUUUGAUGGCGAAACAUAUCAUGAGCAUGGAACCCGGAGUUCCCGAGACCGAGCAGCUGAAGAAAGAAUAUGUUACUUUCAUGAAGGGAGUGGUAUCGGCUCCUCUGAAUUUUCCCGGAACAGCAUAUAGAAAGGCCUUGCAGUCUCGAGCAACCAUCCUAAAGUUUAUCGAGCGCAAAAUGGAAGAUAGACAACAGAGAAUGAAGGAGGGAAGCGGGAACUUAGAGGAAGAUGAUGAUCUUCUUGGAUGGGUUUUGCAGCAUUCCAAUCUUUCAACAGAGCAAAUCCUUGACUUGAUUUUAAGCUUGCUCUUCGCUGGCCAUGAAACCUCAUCAGUAGCCAUAGCUUUAGCUAUAUACUUCUUGCAAGGUUGUCCCAAUGCUAUUCAACAGCUAAGAGAAGAACACCUCAGAAUUGCCAGAGCCAAGAAGCAAUCAGGAGAAAUGGAGUUGAGUUGGGAUGACUACAAGGAAAUGGAUUUCACCCAAUGUGUUAUCAAUGAGACACUCCGGCUUGGUAAUGUAGUGAGGUUUCUUCACAGAAAGGCACUAAAAAAUGUUCGGUAUAGAGGGUAUGAUAUUCCAUGUGGAUGGAAAGUGCUUCCGGUGAUUGCAGCUGUGCAUUUGGAUCCUUUGCUUUUUGACCAGCCUCAACAGUUCAACCCGUGGAGAUGGCAGAACAAUGGAAUAUUGCGGGGAUCUUCAUCCAGUUGCCCGAGCAUGACAACAACAAGCAAUAACUUCAUGCCAUUUGGGGGAGGACCACGGCUGUGCGCGGGAUCGGAAUUGGCAAAGCUAGAAAUGGCAGUUUUCAUCCACCAUAUGGUCCUCAACUACCACUGGGAGUUAGCCGAUACGGAUCAAGCCUAUGCCUUCCCCUUUGUCGAUUUCCCAAACGGUCUGCCAAUCAGGGUGCAACAGUACCACAGCUUCAUCUAGAUUUAUAUUAGAAAGACAAGUACAGCUCAUGCAUGCAUGUAAAACUUCAUGAAAAGACACAGCUAGCUAGAUAUAUAGCUUAAUUCCUCAAAUCUCAAAAUCUCAGCCUCUCAUGAUGCAUGCUGGAUGCAGGACAAUAUAGAAACAGAAACAAAGCUCAUUAAUAUGUACGUGAAGAUUGAGUUCUUGGAUUU